CAGACUGUCUGACAGGGGAAGAAUUUGAUGAGGGUAGCAUACAGCAAUAUGUUGAAGCAUGUGAGUGGUUAACUGGUGCUUUACAAGGCCUUAAGUACCUAACCUGGAUUCUACUUUUGCAAAAAUGCGAGCUGUUAGAGAGAAGCGGGCAGAACUUGGAUUAAUAAGAGCUACAUUUGUCUGUAAAGUUUCUGAGAUCUUGAGAAACUACUUUUCCACUAUGGUGGAUUUUAUGAUUAAUGACAAGAACUAUUUCUCUCAGCGGGGACAGUUGAAGAGGCCUGAUCAUGCUGAAUUGCGGUAUAAAUGCAGGACGUAUGCCCGUCUUCUGCAACAUUUAAAGAAUCUUGAUAGUAAUUGCAUGGGUCCUUUGAGGAAAUCUUAUUGUGCCUCCCUUAACUUACUUCUGCACCGAGAGGCUCGGGAAUUCGCCAAUGAGCUUCGUGCUAGUACAAAAAUAUCAAAACCUCCAACUAACUGGCUGGAAGCUUCCACAGGUGGCAGUCAAAGUGGGAAUAGUGUAGACACUUCUGCAGUUUCUGAUGCUUAUGCCAAAAUGCUGAGGAUUUUUGUUCCACUACUUGUAGACGAGAGUUCUUUCUUUGCACAUUUCAUGUGCUUUGAUAUUCCUGGGCUUCUUCCCCAAGGAGACGAUGCGGAUGGUAAUGAGAGUGGAUCAGAAGAUGAUGAUGAUGAUGCCGAUGAUGAUGAUCAGGGAACUAAGGGCAUUGAUGAUAAUGAUGGCAAAGGUGGUAAAACUUCUCCAGAAUUGCAAGCAUUAAAUGAAUCACUACAGGAUUUGCUUGAUGGAAUUCAAGAAGACUUUUAUGUUCUAGUUGAUUGGGCUUACAAGAUUGACCCUUUACGUUGCGUAUCCUUGCAUGGGAUAACAGAGCGCUAUCUAUCUGGCCAGAAAUCUGAUGCAGCAGGAUUUGUACGUCUCCUUCUUGGUGACCUGGAAUCAAAAAUUUCAAUGCAGUUCAACCGGUUUGUUGACGAGGCUUGUCAUCAAAUUGAAAGAAGUGAGCGUAAUACUCGACAGAUGGGGGUCUUACCAUACAUCCCUCGCUUUGCAACUCUAGCCACCCGCAUGGAACAGUACAUCCAGGGACAAUCUAGGGACUUGGUUGAUCUCGCAUACACCAAAUUUGUUAGCAUUAUGUUUGUGACUCUUGAAAAACUUGCCCAAACUGAACCAAAAUAUGCUGAAGUAUUUCUUCUAGAAAACUAUGCCGCAUUUCAGAACAGCUUAUAUGACCUGGCCAAUGUUGUACAGACUUUGGCCAAAUUUUAUCACCAAGCAAGUGAAGCAUAUGAACAAGCAUGCCAACGUCAUCUCAGCAUGAUAAUAUACUUUCAAUUUGAACGACUUUUCAUGUUUGCUAAAAAGAUUGAGGAUUUAAUGUUUACUAUUCCACCAGAAGAGGUUAACAUCAUGCUAAUGAUAGUAUUUUGCGAGUUCUUAAUUUAUGCAUCAAGUUUCAUCAGAUAGUUUUU